GAAAUUUAACUUUUUCUUCUAAUGAAAGCUGAAAUUCUCCCAUAAUCACCUGAUUCCAGGAACUGGGGCUUUAAAUUCAUAGAAUUUGCACAAAAGUUGGCAACACUGAUAUACCAGGCCCCUCAAAUCUUGCUGCCCUGACAUCUUGAUUUUUGGGGGCCAGACUCCUGGUUUUUGAAUGCAUGGGGUUCACAAUACUGCACAAGUUCAGUUUAAGUCAGAGAGCUGCAGGUGCUGAGCACAUCACUGAAAAUCAGGCAAUAGGUCAUGUGCAACACCUAGUCAUUCAGGCACCCAAAUUAGUUGAUAUGACACUUAAAAGUUUUAGCCUGUGUAAUUCACUCAGGAUCACACAGCAAGUCAGUGUUAGAGUUGGGUCUCUUGCCUCCCCUGCUCUUAUCACUUAACGCUAUCUCCUAACCAUAUGCUGCAUCAAAUAGCAAAAAUAUAAGUUGGUUGGUUAUACCUGCUAUAAUGGUUCAACAGCAGAUUCUUACUCAUGGAGCAAUUUCUCAGAAGAUACUCUCAGGAAACUUUAAAUUUCAGGAAGUCCUAGAACCCCAAAAUAUAUAACAUUGAAUACAAGUAAUGACAUUUCUCCCAUAUUGGCAGCUGGCCCCCUCCCCUUCCCAGGAAACAGCAGGGAGAUUGCAGGAGAGCCAUGUAAGAGGAAUGGGAAGUGUUAUAUAACCAUCACAAAAGGGACAGCCACCCUCACUAUUGUAAACAGAGUUACCAUGGACACCCCAGAGAAUGGCAAAGGAAGCAGGCACAGAGCCAACUUCUGAUCAGGCUCUCAUGCAGCUCUGUCAGCCUCCGACCCAGUGUUUAGCCUCCAAACUGCCUUGCUUUGAAGGAGUAAGAGACAGCUCUUGUGCCAUUGUGGGGUAACAUGGCCCAGGGUUCACCAUGUUACGUGAGAAAGGAUUACUCUAUUGCAGAUUUACCCUGCAAGAGACAUCCCGCUGCGAGGUGAAAUGACAGAGGUGACCAGAGAGGUGUUUGGACACUUGCCCCAGAAGGGAGGAGGAGGGGCUGUUGAAAAGUUCCUGCUGAAAUCAGACAGUGUUAAAGUGGAGAUUAUCUCCUUAGGCUGUAUAAUCACGGCACUGGAAACCAAAGGCAGGGAUGGGAAGCUCUCCGACAUUGUCCUGGGUUUUGAUCACUUGGAAGGUUAUGUCAACAAACACCCCUACUUUGGAGCCACUAUUGGGCGAGUUGCUAAUAGAAUUGGUAAUGGGAAAUUCACGGUGGAAGGAAAAGAGUAUCAGUUGGCCCUCAACAACCCACCCAACUGUCUGCAUGGAGGGAACAAAGGGUUUGACAAGGUUCUCUGGACCCCGGAGGUGCUGCUAAAUGGCAUACGCUUCUCCAGAACAAGCCCAGAUGGUGAGGAAGGGUAUCCUGGGGAACUAAAAGUCUGGGUGACCUACACACUCGAUGGUGGGGAACUCACAAUAAACUACCGAGCUCAAAGCAGCAGCACUACUCCUGUUAGCCUGACAAACCAUGCCUACUUCAAUCUAGCAGGCCAGGGAUCACAUGAUAUCUACAACCAUAUGGUCUCCAUAGAAGCAGACUCUUACUUGCCUUUGGAUGACACCCUGAUCCCUACUGGAGAGGUGGCUGCGGUGCAGGACACAGCUUUUGAUCUGAGGAAGCCGGUAGAGCUUGGAAGACACAUGCAGAAGUUUCAGCUCCCUGGCUUUGACCAUAACUUCUGCCUGGAACAGUCGGAGGCUCGACGCUACUGUGCAAGGUUCCGUUCCUUCCCCAUCUUGCUAUCUGUCCUUGCUCCCUGGGUACAAAACUGCAUCUCUUUAUACAGAGCACAUCAUCCCCCUAGUGGCAGGACGAUGGAGGUUUACACCACUCAGCCUGGAAUCCAGUUCUACACUGGAAAUUUCCUGGACGGCUCGCUGGAGGGCAAAGGGGGCUCUGUGUAUCCCAAGCAUUCAGCCUUCUGCCUUGAAACACAGAACUGGCCGGAUGCAGUUAAUAAGCCCCAUUUCCCCAGUGCACUGCUGUGGCCAGGAGAGGAGUACAACCACACAACUUGGCUCAAGUUUACUGCAGCUUGAGGAGUCACCUCUGCAGCCACAAGAAGAAAUUCAUCACAAAGUGCUCUGAGUAGUGGGAAGGGAGCAGGGGAAAUCACUUAAAAUAGCAGCAGGAGCUCCCAGAUUUCUCCAGUGUAGGCAGAUGUGGCAGGUGCAGGCACAUCUCUUAGGGACGGAGUUUGUAAAAGCUCUCGACACUGGCUUGACAGUUCCCAUUGGUAAAGCUCCCCUUGAUGUCAGAAGGAGAGUUAGGCCAGCACUGAGGCCCUGAUCCCCAAAGGGACUUAUGCACCUAACUGCCGUUGAUUUCAGUAGGAAUUAAGCACCUAAAUACCUUUAAAACCUGGCCCUUAGUGGCUACAAAACUUGUCUUCCUCAUCCAUCAAUUCGAUCAUGUCAAGGCCUCUUUUAAACUCCUCUCCCCUUUCUCCUUCCCCGGCGGGUAGUGUUCAAUGUAUCGGGUAAUCAAUUUAUCGUGUCUCAUCUAGACGCGAUAAAUGGAUCCGUGAAUCGACACCUGUACUCCACCUUGAUGGGGGAGCCGCAGCAGUCGACUCGCUGCCGUGAGGACAGCCAGGUAAGUCAAACUAAGAUACUUCGACUUCAGCUACACUAUUUGCGUAGCUGAAGUUGCAUAUCUUAGUUCAAACGCCCCUUCUAGUGUAGCCCAGGCCUUAUAGUCCUUUAUACAUCCAAGGAUCACAGCCCUUUUGGCAACACUAUCAUGGGACCUCAUAUUCAGCUGAUUAUCCACUGUGAUCCCAAAUCUUUGCUUUCUAGAAGAAUCCCCCCCAUCUUGUAAGCAUGGCCUUGGUUCUUUGUUCCUAGAUGUAUAACUUUAGAUUUGGCAAUGCUGAAAUGCAUAGUUUGCUUGUGUGCCGUUUACAAAGCAAUCCAGAACACACUAUCAAUGUCCUCUUCAUUAUUAUUACCAAACCACUCCCCUGUUUUCGUGUCAUCUGUAAAAUUAUCAGUAAUGCUUUUUCUUCCAGGUCAGUGAUAAAAAUAAACAGCAAAGCACCAAGAACCAA